UCCUUAAUGCUGAUUUUAUGAUAUUAGCCAUGAAAACGAUCGCCUCAGAGCAACGACGCCGUCACGAGCUCAACGGGCCUGAUGCGCUGGAACAGACUAAAGUCAAAUUCAGCAUCAACAAUGACUCUAACGAUGGUCCAAGGAAUAAUGUGCCCGCUUUAUCGCUAACGUGGGACUCCUUAGAGUCAGAUACUGAGAGUUUGGUGCAAGAGGAGGAGUACCAGCGAGAGCUCCAGAUGCGCAUUGACCUCCUCUCUGUUGAGAACCCCAAACAACAUGAUGCCAAGACUGACAGUGAAGAACCAGAGCAUCUCGAUGUUUAUGAUAGUCUAGAUCUGAACCCAAGACAGGUCAAAGGACCACAUGAGCCACUGAGGCAAGCUCCCUCUGAAGAUGAAUACGCCGACUUGCGCUACGACCCAAACUGGAGGAAGAAUCUGGAAGGGGCUCAUUUUCUCAACCAGCUAAAUGCGAGACUUUCUCUCGACUCGUUUGAGGAGUCUGAAGAUAGUCUUGAACCUUUGGAGAAUGUGCCUCUAAGUAGCAGGCAAGAAUAUGUCGUUGUCAGUAAUCCACCCACAGUUCAGAUGGACAAUGUUUUAUCCCCGCCACCUUCGUCUCCUUUCCACCUGCACCCACAACAGGAAGACAUUCUCGAUCCCCCCGAAUCAAAACGUUCUUGCAUGUCCUCUGAAGGCACACCACUGGAUAAUGGAGAGCAUCUGAAUGUCAGACCAGUUCCUCAUAGGAAGAGAAGCUCACAACAUCCUUCUAAUCCAAGGCCAGUGAGAGCUAGGGAAGACAUUGUGGAACGUAACAAAGCAACUCUUGGUAUCAACACACAUAACCAGAGGUCUUACCUAAAAGUUCACAAGCAGAAAGAUAAAACAGAAGAAACAAAGCAGCCCAGGCAAACCUCCUACGAGACUAUCAACACUCAUAGCCCGGAGAGUCAAGACAAUGUCUGGGAUCCAGAGCUGAUGUGGCUCCAAAAAACACAAAAACUGAAGAGCCAUAAGGAAAAAAAGGAACCGAAGAGAAGGGAACGAACCAGCAACCACCCAGAUCAGCUCAAGCUUCCAGUUCCUGAAUCCAAACCCAAAGCGCACCUUAAACCCCUUACAGAGAGACACGUCAUCAGUGCUGAUCUUCUACUGCAGGACUCUGAGGAAGCUUGCACCCAUGACCCACUACAACACCAUUCUGGACUUCCAUCACACACUCAUGCUCCACCGACUGUCAACCUUAACAUAAACCUCCACACACCUGCUAAUCACGCACAGCCACUGAAUCUUUCCCAGAAAGAGACCAUUUUUACUCUUGUUUCUCAAGCGCUACAAGGGGAUUGGCCUGAUCUGUUUAACCCACCCUUUUUACAACAAGGUUAUCCAUUUUACCCAUAUGUGCCUCCAAAUUCAGUAGGGCAGAUGGGAUUGGCUCCAAAAGCUGUUGUAUCUUCACCAGCCCCCAAGUCUGGAGUGGUACAAACUGUGGACAAAAGUGUUCCUCAGAGGCAUGCUGGGAAACCUACUCCCAAUACAUUUGAGAUGGCAUCAUUCAAGAAUCACAGUAGACUCAGGAUACCAACGCUAAAAUUUCCCACGUCUCCUCAAGUAGAGGCCAGCCACUAUUCAUCUGAGCUUUUGCCCAGUGAUGAGGAGAGCGUGGGACCCUCUGCGCGCCCAACACAAAUCUCUGGUCCUUACACAGUGCUGCCCCCUAUAGCCCGAGCAAACGGCAGCGACACUGAACUCUGCUCAGAUAGAUCAGAGCAGCAUCUGAAUCCAAUCCACAGAAGCAGCUCAGAAGGUUACCUCUCACAGAUGGAAAAACAGAGACAGCUGAAGGCACAUUCAAAUUAUAAGGCUUAUACACUGAAGGACUACAAAAACAUGAAACAGGAGGUGAAGCUUGGAUGUCUUGGACCAACGAACACAAUACCAGAAACUGUGGCAGAGAAAAUUAGACGACAGAAGCUGUAUUCAAAUAUGAUCCGCGAACAGAACAAGAAGAUAAGUAGGAUUCCCUCUCUGUUGGCCAAGGACCCAGUGGGCAGUGACAACAAGGACAUCGUUCCCAGGAGGAAGGCUUUAGAAUAUGCCAAAACGAUUGCAAAGCCCCAACCCCCUCCAAAGCCAAAGGAUAGAACCAGAGAGCAGAACGUGAGCACGCGGCCUCAAUAUCCACAGGAAAUGGACCCAUUCCAUCUGGCCACUCUGGAGAUGUUGAGACGGCAUGAGGAAGAGAAACGUGCCGUGGCUCGCUUCAGAGCCGUUCAUGCCAUUUAAUUCUAAAAAGCACCACGCAUACAUGAGUUUUAUCAAUUGCACUUCCAUAGAAUCCUUAUUUUUCCUUGCUUUAACUUUGUGUGUACUGUAUAUAUGCGUAAUACCCAUUAUAAUCCUGCUCAGUUGCAAAGCACUGGAAGUGGAACAGGUGCGUAGCACGUAAUCCACUGCAUACUCGUUUUGAAAAUCAUUUUUUGAUAUAAAGAAAUCUCGAAUGAAAUGCUGUGGGGUUUUGUUGCUUGGCUUUGCAUUAUCCAGCUAUUUUCCCCUUGUUUCAAUAGAUCUGUGCACAAGAGCGCCAAUCUCUUCAAGCACACCUGGAUGCACCGUUAACCCAGUGUAACGUGCCGUUUUCUGUCAGUUCCCGGCUAUUAGUCUGAUUAUAUCCACUUUCGCCUGCCCUUUUCUUUCACCGAGAGAAAAAAAUAGGUCAAAUAAGGAUGACACUUUGAAGCCUCCCUUAUUAGAG